AUGACUUCUCCCUCCCGCUCCAACUUGACUGCACCCACCUCUGCCACAGGAAAAGUUACGCUCCUCGUCCUCGGUGCCGGCUGGACGUGGCAAUUUCUCGAGCCGCUCCUCAAACAAAAGGCCGACUUUACAUAUGCGGCCACCACGACCGACGGGCGUGUAGGCACGAUCCCUUUCAAAUUCAACCAAGAUUCGGACAACCUGGAGGACGCCAUCAAGCGGCUUCCACUCGCGGACUAUGUCUUGAUCACCUUCCCAUUGAAGGGGAAAGGGCCGUCGAGGAAGCUGGUGAGCACGUACGCAGCGACGCAUGGGCAACACUGUGACCGCACGACAAGUGACACACCCGCGAUAGUUGAUCGGCAAGGCGACGAUGAACGGAACGCGCGGGCAGGCGGCAUCACUACGACGACGACGAUUACAGACACGAAAUGGAUCCAGCUCGGCAGCACGGGGAUAUGGACGUCCCCAAAUUUCGUCGAUAGCCACUCGCCCAUUGACCCGUCCAAUGAGCGGGGAAUCGCAGAGGACGAGCUCACCUCGCUGGGCGGAUGCGUGCUGAACCUCGCGGGGUUAUAUGGCGCACAGAGGCAGCCGGGCAACUGGAUCGCGCGGGUGGCAAAGACCAAGGACCAGCUCGGCGAGAAAGGCGCGUUACACCUGAUCCACGGGUCGGACGUUGCAGGUGCGGUGGUCGGGGUCAUCGAGGCAGAUCGCGCGGACACCGACAAGAACGCCAGCGGCGAGCGGUCGCCGACAACAGAGAAGCUGUUUGGCAGGAGAUGGAUUGUGGCCGACUGCGUCUGCUACGACUGGUGGAGCGUCGUGUGGGAUUUCAGCGGGGACUCGAGCGAAGACAGUCACAGAGACAAGGAAGGCGCGGAACAGCAGACGAAACUCGCGGAGAGAAGAAAGCAUCGACGUUGGGUCAUGGACUUGAUGCAGGACAAGGGCGUCAAGGCGCUGCCGAGGCCUCUCGAUGCACUGGGUAGGAAGCUGGAUGCUCGCGAGUUUUGGCAGGCCGUUGGGCUUCUCCCAGAGAGGACAUUGAGGAGAUGA